AUGAAGCUUUCUGUUAUCCUCUCAACCUUGAUGGUUGCCGGUCUUGUUGGCGCCGCUCCCAUCGCUGAGCCCGCCACCAAUGGAAUUGAAAAGCCUGGUCCUCAGCCUCAUCAUCCAGGUGGAAACCCCCAUGGCGGACAUCCCAAGCGCGAGGUAGCCACCAUGGAUGAAACCGAGCACAAGAACCCACCACCACCCCACGGUGGCCACGGCGGCCACCCAAAGCGCGAAGAGGAUGGUCAUCCACCUCCUCACAGUGGUCACAAAGAUCACCCUAAGCGUGAGGUAUCGACCUCCGAGGAUUCUGAGCACGACCACCCUCCUUCCCCUCCCCCUCACCACGGCGGACACCCGCAUGAUGGUCAUAAGCGAGAGGAGUCUUCUGAGGACUCUGAAGAUGGACACCCGCCUCACCAGCCUCCUCAUCAGGGUGGAAAGCCUCAUGGUGGACACAAGCGUGAGGAAGCCGACUCUGAGGGUCGCCAUCCUCCUCCUCCCCCUCCUCCUCCUCACCACGGCGGCGGCGGAAAGCCUCACGAUGGACACAAGCGUGAAGAAUAUUCUGAGAACUCUGAGGAUGGACACCCUCCUCCUCACGGCGGAAAGCCCCACGGCGGACACAAGCGUGAGGAGACCACUGAGACUGAGAUCUCGCACCCUCCUCCCUACGGUGGAAAGCCUAACAAGGGCCCUGGUAGACACCCUAAGGCUUGA